UUAACGUAUACUGGGCACCCUGAACCGCAGACGAAAACAGCGUCAAGCCGAGGACCUGCUCAAACCGAACGUCUGCAUACCGAUCGUUGGUUUUUUAUAUGCGCAUGUCGGUGCACGGCGGCGCGCCUGUGUGCGUGAGCCUCUGUGCCAGUGUGAGUGUCGGCUCGUUCUCGCGCGCGUCGCACCAUUGUUGUUUGCAGUAGACUCGCGGCGCUCGGACGGCUGUGGUUCGCUUCAUGCCCGCCGCCCGAUCCUGAACGACGACUGCCGGCGAUAAACAAAAUAAUGAGUGUACCACAUAACGUGCAUCGCGAGUGCAACAAGCGACGACAGUGUGUGAUAACGAGAAUGUAACGUGCGUGUUGUGUUAAACAAAGUGCGUUUUUGAACGUGUUUUUGGAGUUCGCGGCGCGUGGACAGCGCCAUGCCCGUCGUGUUUAGAUUCAACUCAGCAUACAAUCAAGCGGGACGCGAAUUUAGCUUAAGUUCAACCUGACAAAAGUUAUCUGUGAUCUCAUUUUAGUUUAGUCGAAAUAAAGGGUGCCUAAUUUAGAUUAGUGACAAACGAUUCAAACAUUAGCUCAUGCUUAUCCGGCUCGAAGGACCAUAAUCAGUGAGUUACUUUUGUGUUAGAGACAAAAUGGAAUCGUAGUGCGUGGUCAUGGAUAACAGAUAGUGGUGAUGGAUAGGUGUUGAAGGAUGGGAUAAUGGAAGUUGGGGCGCUGGGUUCUUGAAAAUGCCUCAUGCGCACUCGAGUUCAGCGGCGAGCUCGGGCGGCGACGACCUGGGCUCCACUGAUGAGGUGAAGGUGUUCAAGGACGAGGGGGACGGCGAGGACGAGAAGCGCAGCUCCGAAAACCUUCUAGAGGAGAAGUCUAGUCUCAUCGAUUGGACCGAGAGUGAGGAAAAGUCUGGCGAACCUUAUUCCGGGAAAUUAUCGGUGAAAUCGGAUUUAAGUCCUGUUUUCGGUAAAUUCGAACAUCAUCCAGCAAGUUUCAACAUGGGCUAUCUCGUAACUCCGUACCCUUAUCCCAACGGUGGGGCACAUCCACUGCCUGUCUCUAUGGCCAGCAAGAUGGGUCUGCCCGCUGGAGGAGGGCUCUCCCUGUUCUGUCCGGCGGGAGACCUGGGACAGCCGCCCCCCGCGCACAUGGGUAUCCCCCCACCCUACCAGUUAGAUUCCAAACUGGCAGCGGGGCUAGCGCGGACGCCCAUGUACCCUUUCCCGGGGGGCACCUACCCCUACCCCAUGCUCAGUCCGGAGAUGUCGCAAGUAGCGGCCUCAUGGCACACGCCGAGUAUGUACCCUAUAUCUUCGGCGGCCAGCGGAUUCCGGAGUCCUUACCCCACCUCGCUGCCAAUCAGCAGUUCUAGUCUAUCUAGUGAGUUAUACCGGUUCUCCCCGACCCUGGGCGGUGGGCUGGGGCUCGGCCUGAGUCCGGCCCUGGUGCCCGCGCCGCCAUCCAAAGUCGACAUCUUCUCACAUCAUGCGAGUUAUAAUGGUUUCAGGUCUCAAGCGGAGAAGAGCGGCGGCGGGGGCUCCGGGGAGAAGGCAAGUGAGGGGGGCGGCGGCGGCAGCAAGGAACAGAAUAAGAAGCCUCACAUCAAGAAGCCGCUCAACGCCUUCAUGCUUUACAUGAAGGAGAUGCGUGCCAAGGUUGUCGCCGAGUGCACGCUCAAGGAAUCCGCCGCCAUCAACCAGAUCCUCGGUAGACGGUGGCAUUCGUUGAGUCGCGAGGAGCAGGCAAAGUACUAUGAGAAAGCGCGGCAAGAGAGACAGCUCCAUAUGCAGCUAUACCCCGGGUGGAGCGCCAGGGACAACUACGGUUACGGUUCCAAAAAGAAAAAGCGGAAAAAGGACCGAGGUCCCGCUGAAUUGGGAGGAAAUAAUUUGAAGAAAUGUCGGGCGAGGUACGGCCUCGACCAACAGAACCAAUGGUGCAAACCUUGCAGGCGGAAGAAAAAAUGCGUUCGUUACAUGGAGGCGCUGGCGGCGGCGGGGGGCGCAGGGGGUCUGGGCGCGGGGGGCGCAGGGGGCGCAGGGGGCGCGCACUCUCCCUGCUCCGAUGAGGACGUGAAGCUUGAGGAGCUGUCGGACGCCAGCAGCGACGCCGAGCCCGACACGCCCCCCACCUCCGCCUCUAGCCCCGGCGGACUCAGCGCGCUCUCCUCGCUCGCCUCCCCCGCGCCAGACCCCGCGCACCCCGCGCACGCCCCGCAGCCGCACCCCACGCACCCCACGCCGCGUCACCCGGUGGGCACGAACCCGCGUGACGCCAACAACCCGCUGUCUGUGGGGCAGCUCACCUCGCAGUCAUGGCCGCGCGCCGCGCAGACCCGGCCCUCGCACGAAGUCAUCUCAGUGUCAUAGUGCUGCCGCCAGCGCCCGUCCGCCGCCGACAGUGACAGUGAUAGUGACAGUGACAGUGACACUCUACUGACUGCAAUCUGCUGACACGGGCUCGCUGUCUACCGCUAGGCGGCGACACUCUACUACAAAUCUGGAUUGUUACUUCUUAAUCUUGUAUCAUAAGCCUCGUGUUCCUUGUAACGUGUUUACAAUUUUGAAGUAACAAUCCGUUUGAGAACAGCGCCAUCUAUCGGCGCGUCGGUACAACGCGGUGGCGAGCGCCAUCUAGCGGCGCGUGUAAGAACGUUGUUGUGUUGGUUGUGACAUGACAAGUUAUGUUCAGGAACUGUAUUAUAACUUCGAGGAUAUUGUGAUUUCACAUUUAAUAUUUUUUCAUCAGGUGCUAAAUAACACGGGUUUUCUUGCAUGACAUUCGGGAAUAUCGACAUUUUGUGUAUAUUUUUUUUUAUUUGUCAACUAUUCUCUUAAAUACCGUAGAAGUUAUGUUUAUUUCGCUGACAAUUUGAAAUGGCCUAAACAUUCACCAUGUGUCUGAUAUUUCUGAAUGCCAUACGAAUGCAAUGUACAUGAAAACUUAAUAUGUAAUUUACGUAAAACUUCUGUGAAAUAAAGAACACACAAUUUAACAUAUACACUUGUCUCAAACUCCAGUCAACCAUGAUCUCAGAUCCACUCUCAUUGAAUAACAGUUGAAAUCGGCUAUAACAACAUCGCAGCAACUUUCAAUAUUCAAUCAUAAUACAUAGUCUUUAUAACCGA